AAGAAAGUUGGAUUCAGAACAACAUUUGAUUGAUUUAAAAGAAGAGAUACGAGAGAUGGGUAGUUCGAGUCAUGUGAAAUUAAUGGAAAUUCAACGUAAUGAUUUACUUCAAUUGAUUAAAUUGAACGCUUUGGAAUUUAAGAUUAAAAAAUUAAAAAAUCAACGUUCGAUUGAUAAAUUGAUUAUUAAAGAUUUACGUUUAUCUUUAAAAGAAGCUGAAGAUUUGAAUAAGAAAUCAAAUUUGGAUUCUAAUGAAGGUCAGAUGGAUCUUGAAGUUUUAAAGUUGAAAAGCUUAUGUAAGAAUCAAGAAAAUCAAAUUAGAUUAAAAGAUGAAAUAAUUUUUGAAUUGAAUCAAAAGAUUCAAAGAUAAGAAACUUUAAUUCAAAACUCAAACUUGAUAUAUAUCAAAAAAAAGGUGUUGGUUUUAUUCUUGAUGAUUUUUUUUUUUUCGUUUUUUUUUAUUUGUGAUUUUUUUAUUUGGUUUUAGGAUUGGGUUUUCUUUUUUUUUUCUUUUAAUGAAGUUUGUGCAAUCAUAGUUUAGUGAUGAAAAGUGGAUGUCCUUUUUUUUUAUAAAAAAUGAUGUGAUGUGAUGAUUUUUUUUUCGUGUCUUGAUUAAGAAAACUUCUUGAAUGAUUUAUGAUGUUUCUUUUUAUAAACUUUUGACGAAAAUCAGUUUGAAUUAAAUAUAUCAGCUUAUCCUUUUGUGCGUGUGUGUAAUGUUUGAUUCCUUUUUUUUGGU